AUGGACUUUACUUACAAUAAUGAAGAGAACGAUGAGAUACCGGAGUGGGUUGUACACCCUGGCUCUUUUACCUCGUCCGAAAGUUAUGCAUAUUAUCAUACAGCAACACAUUCCUCUGCCGAUGUCACAAGCCUUACGAGUUCGGAGGCCUUUCCAUCUGAUUCGUUCGACGCCGAGCCCAUUACCCAAAUGCCAGAACGUCCACAGCGAUAUGAAGGUGAUCUGGAUGGCAUGACCGUGUGGUCCAAGAUAGAUGAAAAUAUCCCUCAGGACCUACCACUUGAUCUAAGCAGUUCAAUCAUCACCCAACGACCAGAAGAUGACACAAGGAGUGAGAGCACUGCUCAUCCGCCAGGAGUGUUUGAUCGGGCCACGCUAGGAAUUCCGAAUUCCUCACCGUUGUCUCUGCAACCUUCGGAUGAUGCCAUACACUUGGCCUUUCGCACCUACUGGGAUCUCAUGUAUAACCAGCCAUGUGGUCAUGAUCAAAUCUCACAAGGCAUGCAGACCCUUGAAGCGAUGUUAAUUUUCUAUCGCACAAAGAUUCCCGCACCUCCCGUUUCACCAACCGAGUCUUCAGGACGAGGCCAAAAAAUGUUCCGAUGUUGGCAAUGUGAUCCUAGGAGGGAAAGAACAACGUUUCCAACUUUUGGUACAUUCAAGAGACAUUUGACUGGCCAUGGUAUACUCGACUGCGAGUGGCGCUGUAGUGAGCCGCACUGCCCCACGGUCCUCCUCCGGCGAGAUAGAAUGCAUGACCAUCUUCUUCGCAAACACAAGAGAUCCGGUCUGCUCUCGGUUGAGGUGGAAGCAACUCGGGUGAGAUAUGCCCCUCCAGCCGACUGUCCCUUUUGCUCCAAGGUGACACCUUCUUGGUCUGUCUAUUACGAGCACAUCAAGACCCACUGUCUCAUUUCCUCUCGUUCGGCGGGUGUCUCGGCCAGCGGCGAUCGGUCUCACCAUGGCGACAAUGACGGCGGAAACGGCAAUGGUCACAGCCAUGGCCAUGGCCCGCCUUCGGCCGGUCCCAGCAAUUUGAACGGAGAAUCGCAGUAUAACCGAACAAACGACAGAACUGGGGGUCCAUCUUAUUUCGGUACAAGCUUCGAAGGCUUCAGGGGUAGGAGCAAUAUGCACCCUGGUCCCAUAUCACCCUCAGUUUCCGACGAGCAGUUCAACAGCAACCGUCCUCGAAAUGUUAGUGAUGCCAUUGAACAAAGUUCAAUCGACAACUUGCCUAGCACAUCUCGUGGGCCUAGGCCUCACCUCCCCAAAGCCAGCGGGCAGCCCAAACAUCUACAGCCACCACAGAAUCCCGGAUCGUCACGAGCCGAUCAUUCGACCAAGCGUAAGCGCUCGGACAAACAGACAAAACCGACAGAAGAGAAGGCCCCUAGUUCAAAGAAUUGCAGGCGGUGUAAUCAUGACACGGCCAAAUGUCCAAUGUGCAAAUCUAUUCUUAGUUGCCACAUGUGUCGUGAGACGCCCAGGGGUGCUACCCAAGUUGGGUCUUCCUCGAGAAUGCCUGUGCAAGCCCUCUCAGAUUCAUCUUCUACCAUCGUCACUUUGAACGAGUCUUACUUGAACCCUGCAUCAUCGGCACAUUUUGCAAUGCCUCAGAAUAUGCCUACUCAACUGCCUUACUACAAUCCCUUCGAUCCACGAUCACUUGAAACUCUGACCAACGAGUUCAUGGAUGACCCACCCUCAUACGAUCAUGUCAUUGGGAUGGCAAUAGAUGUUGGAAGCCACCCACCACUGAGUGAUUUCGACGACAAAGUGCAAGAGUCGUUUAUCUUCGAAAGUGAUAUCGAGAUACUUCGCAGAGUUGGACUCAGCACACCCAUUGACCCGCUCUCCGUUAAAGGACGAAUGAUACAAGCGAAACCGAAAGUCUCUGGUGGUCCGGCACCAGGCUCAUACACAGACCUUGUUUUCAGAGACAAGGGAUCUUCACCCAUCCUAGAAGCUCCCCAGCCAAUAUCUACUUGCCGAUGCCCAUGUGUGACCAUCCCAACUGUAGACUAUAAGGCCCAUGCAAAGCUCAAAUUAUCGGACAACGAAAGAGUCGAGGUGACCUUCAAGAUGUCCCGGGCGCGUGAAUCAAGUCACCCCCUCCGCACGAGAGUGCAAGUCUUCGUGAAGCUUUUUAGUCUUCGCGCAUCGGCAGCAAAGUCAAACACGAAGAAGCAGAGGACUCAUUCCAUCACAUCCGAACCCCCCUCCGACGAGGAUUCCGAGUCUGGCACCGAUUCAGACCAAGAGCUCACUCCCACGUCAUCUUCCGGCUCCAAGUUUACACCGCUCCUCUACUCGACCGAGGACGUGCAGGACUGGGAGUUCAGCUUCGACAUCAGGUCGGCUAUAACGAAACUAGCCCAGUGGACCAGCAGUACAGAUGCCGACAUGUGUCAGAAACUAAUUUCUGACCCUAGUCAUGCACUAGACUUGAUUUCUAUGUAUGUUGUGUACAAUUUCAGGUUUUCUUGGUUGCUGAUGGGUCGCGAUGGGUUUAUUCUGUUUUUGAGCAGCGCCCUAUCACGCCUACUCAUGCCCUGUGCAUAA